UACAAUUCGACUCAAGUUUCUGCCCUUUUGGACUAGGAAGACAGUCACUGCUAAUCAACACCAUCGUAUCUUGCUACCCGACAAGUCUACUUUUCUAUUCAUUCCUAUUAGUUACUGGGAUCUUGACCAGUUUUAUUCCAAAAACAAUAUCAAGUUUUACUUAAAGCCACCACCUUUUAAAUAGUUGUUUUUUAAACGAUGGCUGAUAUUGCGGAAAAGAUUGCCAAUGUUCGUCGGGAGGCAGAAAGUUUAAAAGAAAAGAUUAAGCAAAAACGAGAUGCAUUGGCGGAUACUACACUCAAGGCUGUUUCAGCCGAUAUUGAACCACUUCCGAGAAUCAUGAUGAAAGUUCGUAGAACACUCAAGGGUCAUCUUGCCAAGAUCUAUGCAAUGCAUUGGGGAUCAGAUAAGCGGCAUCUGGUUUCUGCAUCUCAGGAUGGCAAACUUAUCGUUUGGGACGCAUUUACCACAAACAAAGUGCAUGCAAUCCCACUGCGGUCAUCUUGGGUCAUGACCUGUGCAUAUGCUCCCUCUGGAAACUAUGUUGCUUGUGGUGGUUUAGACAAUAUCUGCUCAAUUUACAAUCUUAAAACAAAGGAAGGCAGUGUCAAGGUUGCACGCGAGUUGUCGGCACACACUGGAUAUCUGUCAUGCUGUCGUUUUAUUAGUGACCGUCAGAUUCUGUCUAGCUCUGGAGAUAUGUCGUGUAUGCUAUGGGAUAUUGAUGCCGGUAUGAAGACAUUAGAAUUUAACGAUCACACAGGUGACGUCAUGUCCCUUUCCCUUUCCCCAGACAAAAAUGUGUUUGUUUCUGGUGCAUGCGAUUCUACUGCCAAGGUUUGGGAUAUCAGAACAGGCCGCUGUGUACAAACUUUUACUGGCCACGAAUCCGACAUCAAUGCAGUUCAGUUUUUCCCCAAUGGUGAAGCAUUUGGAUCAGGCUCAGAUGACGCAUCAUGCCGUCUCUUUGAUCUUCGCGCUGACCGUGAGUUGAAUCAGUACACUCACGAUAACAUUCUUUGUGGUAUUACAUCUGUCGCGUUUUCCAUCUCUGGUCGUUUGUUGUUUGCUGGCUAUGAUGACUUUAAUUGUAAUGUGUGGGACACGCUCAAGGGUGAACGUGUAGGUGUUUUGGCUGCACAUGAGAACCGUGUAUCUUGCCUAGGCGUUUCAUCUGACGGUAUGGCGCUCUGUACGGGAAGUUGGGACAGUUUACUCAAGGUAUGGGCUUGAACAGCAAAAAGAAAUCACAGACAGAUAACAUAACCCCGUCGAAAUUUAAAAGAAGACGCCUACUUGUUUGGAAAGAAAAAAGAAUUUUUUACAAUGAC